AAACAAGAGCGCGUGCGCAGCUGCGCAGUCACCCUGCAAACAUGGCGGUUCUUCUUGAAACAACAUUGGGUGAUAUCGUCAUUGAUUUAUUUACAGAAGAAAGGCCUAAAACAUCCCUGAAUUUCCUGAAGUUAUGCAAAAUAAAAUUCUACAAUUACUGCCUCAUCCACAAUGUCCAGAGAGAUUUUAUUGUGCAGACUGGAGAUCCCACUGGGACUGGCCGUGGUGGAGAAUCUGUCUAUGGUAAACUAUAUGGAGACCAGGCCCGCUUCUAUGAUGCAGAGAAAAACCCACGGAUCAAACACAGAAAGAAGGGGAUGGUGUCCAUGGUGAACAAUGGCAGUGACCAACAUGGUUCUCAGUUCCUGAUCACCACUGGUGAGAACUUGGACUACCUGGAUGGGGUCCACACUGUGUUCGGAGAGGUGUCAGAGGGUAUGGACGUCUUGGCCAAGAUCAAUGAGACCUUCGUUGACAAGGAUUUCAUCCCUUUUCAGGAUAUCAGAAUAAACCACACUGUGAUCCUGGAAGACCCUUUCGAUGACCCUGCUGACUUGCCUGUGCCUGACCGUUCCCCUGAGCCUACCAAGGAACAGCUGGAUAGUGGUCGUAUUGGAGCUGAUGAAGUGAUCAACGACACAGAUGGGAAGAAGGCUGAGGAGCUGGAUGAGCUGCUGAAGGAGAAGGAGGCCAAGACACAGGCUAUCCUGCUGGAGAUGGUGGGUGAUCUCCCUGAUGCGGAAGUGAAACCUCCUGAGAAUGUGCUGUUUGUGUGUAAGCUGAACCCUGUGACCACAGAUGAAGACCUGGAGAUCAUUUUCUCCCGCUUCGGACUUAUUAAGUGCUGUGAGAUCAUCAGAGACUGGAAGUCAGGAGAGUCUCUGUGCUAUGCUUUCAUCGAGUUUGAAAAGGAGGAGGACUGUGAAAAGGCCUUCUUCAAGAUGGACAAUGUGCUCAUAGAUGACAGGCGCAUACACGUAGACUUCAGCCAGUCUGUUUCAAAGAUCAAAUGGAAAGGCAAAGGUGGAAAGUAUACCAAGGAUGACUUCAAGGCCUAUGAAAAAGACGCGGGAUCCAAAUUAGCUCUUAAGGAUAAAGUCAAACCUAAGCAGGACUCCAAAUACGACCUGCUUUUAGAGGAAGAGGAAGAAGGAACAAGCCAUCGGCAUGCUGAGAAAAAACACAAGGAUAAGAAACACAAUCACUCAGAUGACGAGGACACCAGGAAAUCCAAGAAAUCCAAGUGGAACAGUGAGGAGCCCAGGUGGGAGAAAAAGACAGACCGGCAGCAUUCACGCUCCAGGGAAAGAGACCGCCACCACAAGCACAGCAAGUCCCGUGAAAAGCACCGCCCAGAGAGGAGCCGCAGUCGCUCACCCAAGAAGUCUAAAGACAAGGAGAGGAGCAGACACCGAUGAUGAGAGAGGGAGAGGAACAGGGUUGAGGCCAAUUCCAUUUCAAUUCCCCAUCCAUAUACUGAAUUGGAAAAUCAUCUUUGAAAAAUAAAUGUCACUUCAUUUCAUGAAUUGACUAAAUUGAAAUGGAAUUGGACCGCCCUGAUACCUGUCACUGUGGCCCCUACUACCCCAACACCACCCAUGUCUGAGAGAGCAGCACUAGGGACUCGGCCCUCACAUUACAUGGGGGGAUAUCCUGGGAUGUUUACCCUAAUUACCUGGAAGUAACACAGUGUUACAUAACCUGAGAACACUGCUCAUUAUGAAUAAUAAAACAUUUCAGCCUGAA